AUGCUUCAUCCGAUCCUUGAUAUUAGCAAUUUUAAUAUUACUCUGACAUUUGCAGGAAUAUACCUGCUUCUUUUUGGACUCAUCUCGCUGAAGAUAAAACAAAAAUGGUACAUUGGUGAAGCUCUUCCCUCGUUUGUGGCCGGUACUAUUCUCGGACCAUUCGUUUCAGGCUUGGUUGAUGCGCGAAAAUGGUCCAAUGAUGAUGAAGAUGGGGAAAUCGCAUAUGCUCUGACCCGACUAGUGAUUGGGAUACAAAUGGUGAAAGUUGGCUAUGAGCUGCCGAAGAGAUACCUGAGAUCGCGAUUAAGAGAGUUGACGAUCUGUCUUCUUCCUCUUAUGACAAUAGCCUGGCUGGCUACUUCAGGAUGCAUCAUGCUUAUGAUACCGAAUCUGACAUUUCUUACUUCUUUAAUAAUCGGAUCCUGCGUUAUUUGCAUUGAUCCAGUUCUUUCGCAAGCUAUUGCAAAAGGUCCCUUUGCUGAUAACUACGUUCGACGACAUCUCCGAGAAUUCAUUUCCGCAGAGGCAGGAGGCAAUGAUGGGUUUGGGUUUCCAUUCUUGCUUCUUUCAGUCUCUAUACUACGCUAUGACGAUGCUCCAAAUACCGAUAAUGUGGUCGUGAAACGUGAUUGGAUUGGAGAGACAGAUACCGGUCGCUUUGGUGGCGAUGUUGGUCGGGCACUUGUGCAUUGGAUUGUGGAGGGAAUCCUAUACAUGAUUGUCUUAGGGUCGGGAUAUGGAUUGCUGGUGGGAUUCGUGGGUCGCAAGUUCUUGAACCUGGCCUCGAAGAACCGCUGGAUUGAUAAAGAGAGUUUCCUGGUUUUUCCUUUGGCCAUUGGGCUGUUCAUUGUGGGAACCUGUGGCUGUUUUGGAUCCGACGAGACUCUUGCCUGCUUUAUUGCCGGAUGCGCAUUGAACUGGGAUGGUCUUUACCAUUCUGAAGCCGAGGCUCGACAUGAUUCUUUCAAUUCCACAAUUGAGAUGGUGUUAAACUUCGGAACCUUCAUUUUCAUUGGGAUCAGUAUGCCUUGGGAUCAAAUGUAUAUGCCGCAUGAAACAGGAAUCACUCCUGCACGGUUGAUCACCCUGGGUGUAUUACUACUAUUGUUUCGACGUAUCCCUGCAAUUAUGCUAGGAUACCACUUCAUACCCAAGAUCUGCAGUUCCUGGAAAGAGGCUCUAUUCAUGGGAUACUUUGCUCCAAUUGGCGUCGGUGCGAUAUCAUACGUUGAAUAUUCUCGAAGACUUCUUCCUGACCCUGGAAAAAGUGACUCUGAGAUUAAUCAUCUUACAGCGACAAUGAUCCCGGUUGUCUAUUGGUUGGUCUUUUUCUCGAUUGUGAUACACGGACUCUCUAUUCCAGUUCUGAACUGCAUCUAUAAAUGGCUGCGGGUGCCGGUCAUUCGCGAUCAUCCAGUGGAAGUGAUACUUCUUUCUAAAAACGAACCGGUGCCCAACAAUAGUGUGGUAGACCGACCAGGUCACUCAAUCAUCCUCAAUAACCGGUUUUCACGCAUCUCCGAUCACACGGAUGAAGUUGCCGAGGUGAUUCACGGACAGGAUGAGCCUGACACCAUGAUGCUACGAUCAAACGGACAAGGCAACUAUGCACAAUCACUUGAAAGAUGCUCAACAAAAUCCUCGACUCGGGGAGAACAAGUUGUUGUCAGGGAAGUUGUCUAG